AUGGCCGCACUGGUGCUGGAUACAGACGUUGAUGCAGCAUCACCAAUUAGCAAAACUUCUCAAUCUUCAAAAAACUAUGUUUCGACGUUGAAGCCCGUGAUAAAAAUAUCGACAAGUAAGAUCACAGCGAAUCUUAACACGCAAAAAGUAUUUCGCUGCACGUUUCCAGGCUGUGGUCGUGAAUUUCAGCUCAAAGGCAAUUUAAAGCGGCACGCUAAUAUUCACAAUGGAGACAAAAAGUUUGCGUGCAAAUUUUGUGGUAAGACAUUCUUGCGCAAAGCAGACAUGGAGGUACACUACCGUGUGCACACCGGUGAAAAACCGUAUCGUUGCAAGUACGAAAGAUGUGGUAAAUGUUUCGCUCGUCGAUCGGACCUAUUAAGUCAUGAACGCACUCACACUGGUAAGAAACCAUUUGCGUGUGCUUUCCCGGGAUGUGAUCGCAGUUUUGCACGCAAAUUUGAUCUUCACAAGCACCAGCGUCUUCACAGUAAUCAAAGAGAUGCACGUAAGUCCAAGACCAAGAAGCGCAAACUCGAGCCAAUGAAAUUGGACUCUGAAAAUAAACAUUGUGACUGUCCAAGUGAUGUCACUAUGUCUAUAAUCGGUACAACCAUAAAUCCCGACGUGUUACUGCCGGAAACGCCCGUGAGAGAUGCUCAACCAAACACCACGUAUUCUACCAGCCGACGCAAAUCGUCGGCAACUGCGUGCAUCGAUACGCCUUCACGAUCACUUUGUUAUGAGAUAAAAUGUCCGGAAAAGCAUAUUCACUCUCCACCGGCGUGUCUUGCAGCACUUUCAUCAGUGGAUGCGUUUUUACUAUCGCAAGAGACGCUGCCUUUCACCCUAGAUGCGUUGCCACCGCAUUGUCCAUUGACGACCAUCGGAACGAGUUGCUGUCCCGCUCAUCUCGAGUUACGACCUCCCCCACCUGAUGAAAACACAGUCUCGAAUGGGUCAAAGCUAAUUGGUUCUAUGUUACUAAGUCAGAUGCUGACGCCAGACUCGACAGUCGGCUCGACUCCAAACCAGAGAAGGGAAACCAUUAUAACGCCAAGUGUGCUUACUGACGUUCCAGCUCCCAACCAACAAACAAAUACGGCCGUUCUUGUAUCGGUCGAAAAUACGAUUUCUAUUCCAGUGGAAGGUGAAGAAUUGUUGUCUGUGAAGUGCUCCAGCGAUAUCUCUCAAGAAGAGUCGUCGACGACUUACGUAGAGGACACUACGAAUGGUUUGACUGCAACUGUAGCAUUGAAAGGUGCUGCCGGCAAACUUUGUCUACCAACUCCAACAUCUUCGUUGCUUGACUACUCGCUUCACAAUCGUUCGUGUGGCCACUUGUCGAUACAACAUGGAAACCAUCGCGAUUACGUCGUGCAGAAUCAUCUCGUGUGUCAAGACAGCGUUAAGAGACUAGGUACAAAUCAUCGAAACCCUGCAGCCACUACAGUGUCAGCUUUGGAACCUGCUUCAUGCACCUUGCCCAAAGACACCCACCGACCAGGCUGUGGACAUCUUCCUGUGCGUCAUAACGACCAUAUUGAUUAUGUAGUCGAGGACAAUUUAAUCUGUCAACAAGCCAGCUGGCUCGAAGACGACAAUCUCGAGCUGCUUGGCGACGACUUCUGGGACUUUUAUGGAGCAAUUGACGCAUUUCCAACAAUGUAA